CAUCUAUUAUUUCUUUUCUCUGUCAGUGUGGCUGGAAAACAGUUGUUCAGGUAGCAGAGGAGUUAGCCUUUUAACUUUAAGGCUUUUAACACUUUUAGGAUAUGUACAUUGAGACAACCAAAAAGACAGAAGCAACAAGAUUGGUAAUUUAGACCAUAGGUAUUUUCAUUUAAAUUUCAAACUCCUAGUUGAUGCUGUUAUCACAAGUGACAAGACAAUUUGAAUAGGGUAAAUUGCUGUUGUUGAACCCACGCUGGGUGUUGCCAGCCCCCUCUUGGCUUCCACAUGAUCUGUCCUACCACCACUGAGCCACCCUGAUGUCUCUGCUCAGCAGUAGCUGAGAUUUUGGACAGAAAGAGAAGAAAGAGACAUUCAGCUGUGUUACUUGGGCAACAGGGUUUUUUACAGCCAUUUCAUUUGAGCUCUCACAGUGUAAUAAUACUCUCUCGAACAAACUGCUCAAUACAGACUCCCUUCUGACUGUUCUGUUGUCCUCCCACAUCCAUCCCUCCCACUGGCGAGUGCUCAAUGGGGACAUUUUCAGUCGCCUGGCAUUUCAAAUCAAAGGGCACAAUGAAUAGAAUAGAAGGAAUUUGGGGAAAAUAUAGGCUGUUUUUUAAGGAAUGGACUACUCGUUGAUGGAAGUAAUUUCUCUUUGCUAUAAGCAUGCAAGCUCUCCUUCAUGUUAGCCAAACAAAAGCUCAAAGCAUGGCCUUGUACACAAGCAGAGAUAACAGUCUGGUACUUGGAGCAGAGUGCUACGUCAGCAGCGACUGACCUGUUUGAUGUAAAAUGAGAGCUCCAGAGUACAAUCAGGCCAUUGUGAUACAAUGCUGAGUACUGCUAAGGACCAUCUCAUGUGAGUCACCUCCCGAGGACUUGAGGUGACCUGCUGUCUCUCACCGGGGUUAUACUAAUCAACUGUGCGUUCAGGGUGUGUGUGUUAGUAUGUCCCAGUGACAGAUGAGAAACAGGCAUGAAUAGAGAAGAGAAAGGAGGUGGGUUGGGGGAAACUUGGACCAAGUGAGAGAGGGAGGGAGACUUGCAAGUUGUAUUGUGAGGAAGCAUUUAAGCAGAGAAGAGCAUGUGAGAGGAGAGAGGAAGCCAACAUCUUAAAGACAGAAAACACAAAAGGGAAAAAGGGGGACUUACAGACGAAAGGAAAAGCAAAGAAAAAGCCUGUAUAGUGACAAUCCUGGAUAUUUUUUAAGGUGGGAACUGGCAGCUGGACCGAAAAGGAAAGAAGAGGAGCAUCUGGAGAAUCUAGGACACUUACCUGCUAACCUUCAUUAGUGACCAGCCUGUUUAUAGUAAAAUGGAUGGGUUAACUGCUGUCAUUGUCCGUGGCUUUAAAUGUCCUCUGCCAUGGCAAAGCGCGAGGCUGGGAGCACCAGCCCUGUGGUGCGUCAGAUAGACAAGCAGUUUCUGGUCUGCAGCAUCUGUCUGGAUCACUACCGCAACCCCAAGGUCCUGCCCUGUCUUCACACCUUCUGUGAAAGUUGUCUCCAGAACUACAUUCCCCCAGAGUCUCUGACGCUGUCGUGUCCAGUGUGUCGGCAGACGUCCAUCCUGCCAGAGAAAGGAGUUUGUGCUCUACAGAACAACUUCUUCAUCACUAAUCUCAUGGAGGUCCUUCAACGAGAACCAGAGUGCUCGCGGCCGGAGGCCUGCAGUGUCCUCGAGUCAGUCAGUGCUGCAGCUGCAGGGAAGCCCCUCUGCUGCCCAAACCAUGAGGGAAAGGUGAUGGAGUUCUACUGCGAGUCUUGUGAGACAGCCAUGUGUCUGGACUGUACAGAGGGUGAGCACCGGGAGCAUGUGACUGUUCCUCUACGGGAUGUAGUAGAACAGCACAAGGCCGCGCUGAAGACGCAGCUGGAUGCCAUACACAGCAGGCUCCCUCAGCUAACAGCAGCCAUCGAGCUGGUGAGUGAGAUCUCUCGCCAGCUAAAUGAAAGGAAGACUGAGGCAGUCGCAGAGAUUACCAGUACGUUUGAGGAGCUGGAACGGGCGCUGCAUCAGCGCAAGACGGCCCUGAUUACAGACCUGGAGAACAUCUGCAGCACUAAGCAGAAGGUCCUGCAGGCCCAGCUUUCAUCUCUCCUCCAGGGGAAGGAACACAUCCAGAGCAGUUGCAGCUUUACGGAGCAGGCUCUGAGCCAUGGGAGUGCUACUGAGGUGCUGUUAGUUCAGAAGCAGAUGAGCGAGCGGGUAACAGCACUGGCCAGACAUGACUUCCCAGAGAGGCCACAUCAGAAUGCACACCUGGAUUGUCAGGUGGAGACUGAAGGUCUGCGCCGCUCCAUCCAGAACCUGGGUGUUCUCCUCACCACAGCCGCUGUGGCUCACACCUCCGUCGCCACGGGAGAGGGCCUCCGCCACGCAGCAACUGGGCAGCACCACACAAUUACUGUGACAACAAAAGACAAAGAUGGAGAGUUGGUGCGGACAGGAAAUGCUGUUUUAAAAGCAGAGAUAGCGUCUGCUGAUGGGAGCCGCGCUGCAGAGACAGAGAUAGCAGACAAUAAAAAUGGGACAUAUGAGGUGGGCUACAUGUUACGCUCUGAGGGAGAGUACUCUUUCACUCUAUUGCUGUAUGGCCAGCCGAUACGGGGCAGCCCGUUCCGCCUGCGGGCGGUCAAGCCCUCAGAUGUGCCACAAUCUCCAGAUGACGUGAAGAGGAGGGUGAAGUCUCCCAGCGGGACCGGGGGCCACAUACGGCAGAAGGCAGUGCGACGGCCUUCCAGCAUGUACAGCACCACCAAGAAAAAGGAGAACCCCAUCGAGGAUGAGCUCAUCUACAGAGUGGGUACCCGGGGCAGAGAAAAGGGGGAGUUCACAAAUCUGCAGGGAAUCUCAGCCUCUAGUAACGGCAGAGUGGUGGUGGCUGACAGCAACAACCAGUGCAUACAGGUAUUCUCCAAUGAUGGCCAGUUCAAGAUGCGCUUUGGGGUCAGAGGUCGGUCUCCGGGGCAGCUGCAGAGACCGACAGGCGUCACUGUGGACAUGAACGGUGACAUUGUGGUGGCUGACUAUGACAAUCGAUGGGUCAGCAUCUUCUCCUCUGACGGCAAGUUUAAGAAUAAGAUCGGUGCAGGCCGGCUCAUGGGUCCUAAAGGAGUGGCUGUGGAUAAGAACGGACACAUCAUCACUGUGGACAACAAGGCCUGCUGUGUCUUCAUCUUUCAGUCCAAUGGGAAGCUGGUGACUAAGUUUGGAGGCAGGGGGACGUCUGACAGACAGUUUGCAGAAAAACUUGGCCCAAACUUAAAUAAAUCUGGCUCAGUUUUCAGUCCGCACUUUGUUGCAGUGAACAAUAAGAAUGAAAUUAUUGUGACCGAUUUUCACAAUCAUUCUGUGAAGGUGUACAGUGCAGAUGGAGAGUUCUUGUUCAAAUUUGGCUCUCAUGGUGAGGGCAAUGGCCAGUUCAAUGCACCCACUGGUGUGGCUGUGGAUGCCAACGGAAACAUCAUUGUAGCUGACUGGGGAAACAGCAGAAUACAGGUGUUUGACAGCACAGGCUCUUUCUUAUCUUACAUUAACACAUCAGCAGACCCGCUGUACGGCCCCCAAGGCCUCGCCCUCACCUCAGAUGGACAUGUGGCUGUUGCUGACUCUGGCAACCACUGCUUUAAGGUUUACAGAUAUCUGCAGUAGGCUGAGGGAAGACAUCGCAGACCCAACUCCUGCUUAGACAAGUUAAUGUCACAUACUGCUUGUGGACAUAAAGCUGCAACGUGCCUGCACACUUUACAGUGGCCCCAGGUUCCACAAAUGAAUUUCCUUUUGAGUUUGUGUGUAUAUACUUUAGAAGAUCUAAUAUUCAGAGCUUAAGACAAAGAAAUUUGAAUUGAAAAAAUGUUUACAUGAAAAACAACCCAAAACCCAACAAUUCAAGUGUAAUUAAAGUGUUUUUUAAAGACAAAAUAAGCUAGUUAUCCCAAAAAUGACUGCAAGAAGUGACACUAAUUCCCAAACCCCCCCCAAAAAAAGAAACUAAGGAAUAAAACAUCCUGUAAUUAGAUGAUCACUCAUAGUCUGUCUACCUUACACUCUCAAAACUUCAGUGUUUUUAACCCGAGGGGAAAAUGAACUGGAAAUUCAUUUCUGGAACAAGGCGUUUCAGCUCUAUUUCUCUCAAGUGGGAGCUCACCAGUAGGUAGCCUGCCAGUUGGAAGUUGGUGAUACAACUGCAGUUUCUUUGGGCAAUGCAGAUGGGCAACAUUCCCAGCAACCAGCAAACAAAGCGAGACACAGAAGCAGAAGUCUACUACCUGUUUCCUGGUGAGAAGAUGAUGCUUUGUGAUUGAACAAUGCUCAGGCCUUUCCUCGAACACUGUUGCAUGUCGGUGUGCUCCAAAAAAAUGACCCUGUCAUCACUGCCUUCAAUUUCUCAUUAGUAAACACACCAGAACACAUGCAGACAGGAAUGUGUAAAAGAAAUUGUUUCAUAUUCUCAUUCUGCACCUUAUCACUCUGACAUGAUCCCUGCACAUGGAUUUUUUAUUUUUUUUUUUUUAAGAAUUCACAAGAUGAGUUGACCUAUAUGCAAGUUGUUUGUUUUGGUACCCAAAGACAAGCAUCAAGAAGCACAACAGUUAAUAGAACGACAAGGUGUUUGAACACAUCUGAACCAGCUCCGCUUCAACAUUAAGUUCAGUCCCUUCCAGCUAGUCUUUCUCUUCUCUUAACCAAAACAAACUUCUUUUAUCUGACCCCACUACUUCUUGAACUUGUGUGUAUUCAUAUCUACAACCUACUGUAGUUGUACACAUGCAUAUUUAGGUGUAUAUAUGGAUUUGGUGUCCAUGUUAUUUCAUUAUAUAACCUACUUAUUCCAGCACUUAAUGAAUCAAGGAUUUCAACACUGGAGCAUAUACUAAUACAGUAGAAGGUCAUGCCACGUAGUAGCCAACUGAAUGACUUGCAAACAUCAAUGGAACAAAGUUGUAUACACAUUAUUUGCUGUGUUUUAUUUUUUCAAAGAACUUAAUUUAUUUUUCUUUUCUUUUCUACAUAAUUUGUUCUACAAAUUAUUUUUCUAAUUGGUGCAUUUGAACUGUCUCCUCUUUGCCAAACAUCGUUGUACAUAGGCCUUGUAACUUGUAGCACUGAAAGCUUUUUGCCUCUCCCCACAGCUCACAUCCAGUUAAACAGUAACUUUACCUUCUGCCAAAAUGUAUUGUUGUAAGUCGUUGUUGAACAUUGCACAAAAUACAAAUAUUAUAAGAGUUAUGUAGUUUGCAAGAGUAAUAUAUGCCUCUGUGUAUAGUUAUCAUUUAAUAUAAUUAGAAAGUGUACUGUAUAUUGCAGUCAUAUUCUUGUUGUAGCUGACACGCACCUUUAUCAUGGAUUUUCCAGUAUUUGUAUUAAUUUGCUGGGUAGUUCAGAAGGUUUUCUGUGUGGCUCCUCGAGGGACACAACACCAGCUGACAUGCAGUGACACAGAACGUUUUUCACCUGUGUUUUAUGAAUAAACUGUCUGUCCCCGAUAAUUGAUCUGUAAUUCAUUCUGUCUUUCCAUCUGCAUUUAUAGGAAAACCCUCUGUAAUGAGAGAUUUAGUUGACCUUCCUCCUCCAUUAAUUGGACCCGUGUUACUAUUUUUUUUGUCUAUCUCUCACCUGUAACUGACCUACCGAUGUCUGUGAAAUAAAUAACGCACAUAUAAAUGAAACACUAAAUCAACCAUCUUUUGUAGCCUAUACUGCGUACUACAAGAGGCCAGUGUUACAAGAAAUCACUACAUUUAUGUAAUCAUGGCAAAGGUAUGAUUUUAAAUAUUAAAGAAUGACACUAUAA